AGAGGAGGCCAUGGAUUCAUUUCGUUCACUGACAGUUGUGUCAUGAGAAAUGUAUCUGGAGGGAUUUGGGCGUUGUGGGACGGUAGUUUUAACAGGCAGUAGAUGUAGUGCUUCUUGGAAGAAUUCACAUUCUUUUGGGUAACAUGAAGAAUAUAUACUGAGAACAAACUAGACUUCUCGAUCAGCAUUAAGCUCUGUGUUGCACCAUGACCCAGGAAGUGCACGACGAGUUUGGAGAGAGCCUGGAGAGUGCCCAGGCCUGGAUGCUGGCUGUCCAGGAGAGAUUGAAAGUUAAUGACAAUACCAAAGGCCCCAGGGCAGCCCUGGAAGCCAGGCUGAGAGAAACAGAGAAAAUCUGGGAGUCGGAGCAUGACGGCAAAGUUAAGAUGGAUAUUGUAUUUGUGGCAGGGGAGGCUGUUCUGCAGUGCAGCGAUGAGGACCAGAAGCACAAAACACUCUCCCAAUUAAAAGAAAUAAAAUCACUGUGGGAAGAAACAUGUACAUACAUCAUCCACUGUCACAGCCGUAUUGAGUGGGUGUGGCUGCACUGGAGUGAGUACCUGAAGGCCCAUGAAGAGUUUGGGCUGUGGCUGGGGAAGAUGAAGAGGACUCUGGAACCCAACCUAGAGCUGCAGCUGGGCCUGAAAGAGAAGCACUGGCAGCUGGACCAUCACCGUGUCCUGCUGAGUGACAUUGUGAACCAGGCCGUCCUGCUUGAGAGGCUGCUGGACGAGGCAGCCACCCUGUAUAAUCGUACGCAGGACCCCAGUGUGGACAGCGAGGCCCAGGAACGUCUCAAAGGCAGUUAUGAAGAGAUCAGAACCAAGGCUCAGGAAAGAAUGAAAGUACUUGAAAAAAUUGUAGAGGAACACCAGCUUUUCAAAGGUUCUACUGAUAAAUUCAGAGCCUGGCUCUGCUCCAAGGAGGAAGAAAUCAACCAGUGCAGUGAAAUGACAGAUUCAACAGAUGAAAAACAGGAGACAUGGAAGGACAUUCUUAAAAGUGUUAAGAGCGAGGAGAAGACUUUACAGCACAUUGAAAGGUUGGCUGUGAGUGUGAAGAACAGUACAUCUCCACUGGGAGCAGAGAAGAUAACGCAGGAGGUGGAAGAGCUGAGACAAGCCUGGGAGAGCCUGAGACUGGCCUGUGAACAGGAGCAAGAGAGACUACAGAACACUGUCCGUAUUCAAUCAGAAUACACAACCAAGGUUCUCAAGUUGAAGUCUGACAUUGCAGAGCUCAGAAAGCUAGUGCAGAAGCUUAACCAAGACUUGGAGUUCAAAGAUGUGGAAAGAACUGAAGAGCAAAUGGUAGCUCUGUGGCGAAAAUUUAUGGCGAUCAGGACAGCUCUGGCAGUGGAAGAGUCGCGUGUUGAGAGGCUGAAAGCUCAGCUGAAGGAGUUGUUCAGGUUUUCUCAGAACGUGAAGCCUCAUUCUGAUGAUGUUCUGGCUGCAGUCAAGGAAUAUCACAGUGUGAAAGGAAAGGCAUUUAAACUGUCGACUGAGACAGAGAGCAGUCUGAGGCAGCUCUUCCAGGAUCCUCUGCGACAGUUUGUGCAGUGGAGGCCCUCAGCAUUGAAAGUUCUUGAGAAUUCUUCAGAAGUUACUGAUUUUUCACUGCUCAGCAUUCAUGUGCAGCAGAUUGAGACAUUGCUGUGUCAAAGCUCUCAGCUCCAUGAGAGGCUCAGCCUCUUGCAUGUAAAGCAGGAUUUGCUGGGCAGCAUCUUUACUGAGGAGAAGGCAAAGGACCUGAAGUCAGAUCUUGUUGGAGCUGUAAAAGAGAGAGAACACCUCCACAACAGACUACUCCAAACGAAGAGCCGGCUGCAGAGUUUAAUCUCAAGAACAAAGGAUUUUGAUGUGGCUUAUGGAUCAUUCCUGAAACAAUUGGCUGAUAUCAGGGUGAAAAUUGAAGCAGAGAAUGCACUGCAGCCUGACAUCCUGACUAAAAAGGCUCAGUUUGAACGAUUGGAGAUGAUUCAGAACGAUUUAGCUGACUUUGAAGCUCACAGUCGACAGCUGGAGAGUUUGGCUUCCUCAAACCCCGCCUACAAAACUCAAAUCGUCCAGCUAUCAGCUGACUGGAAAGCACUUUAUAGAUCCUUAAAGAUUAAACUUCAGGCAAGUGAACAUGCUAUUUAUGAGCAUGAAUGUUGUCAUGGGGACAUGCUGAACCUGGAACAUUGGUUGAUGGAAACCAAACAGAAACUGGAGUUGUUUCGGAGUUCAGAUGGGGAGUGGAACAUUGAGAACCACCAAGCUGAGGUUCAGGAAUUGCUUGCCGAGUUCUCUGAGAAGGAUAUCCUGCUUCACCAGGUUGAGUCUCAAGGAGAUGCUGUGCUGACAAAAACAUCUUCUGAGGGCAGAGUGCACAUACAGAGAGACCUGGAGCAGCUGAGGGAAUCAAGGGCUUCCCUGCUGAGCAGUAUCACCAGCUUGCGAAGUAAAAUCCAAGCUGAAGGGGGUAACAAACUCAGAAUUGAAGUAAUUGAUUUCGGAACUGAAGAAAGAAAGGGUUUCAGAGGUGAAGGGUAUUAUGACUCAAGACGUGGAAGUAAUGAACUCGGAGUUAAUAAAGUCAGUUCUGGAGAUGUACCUGAUUUCAGGAGGGAAGGAGAUUAUGACCGAGAUGAAGGUGGUAUCGAUUCCAAAGAAGAUUGUAACGUCUAUGCUGCAGGAGAUUAUGAACUUAAAAAGAGAUGUAGUGAACGAGGCUUUGAAUACAGGGGUGGAGAUGACCAACAAAUAAGAGGAACUGAUCUCAAAUCUGAGGGAGGAGGAGGAGGUAUCCAAGCCAGAAAUGAACAAUAUAAAGAAUACAGAAGAAAUGAAUUCCAAAAGCAGGGAAGCAGUGAAGUUCAAGGAAACCUUGGAGUGAAAUUCAGAGGUUCAGGACAACGCAUCAAAGUGACAACAGACACUCCUGAUGGAUACACAAUGGAUGACACACGAGAAAUCCAAGGUCAUGGUGACUACCAUAAACUCCAGAAGCAAUUUGAAAAGUGGCUGAGAAGUGAAAAUGGCAAACUAACCAAGAUCUUAAUACGUGAAGAGUCCCUGAGUAGUAAAGAACUGAAAAGCAGGCAAGAAGGACUUAAGGAGCUACGGUCACGCAUCCCUAUGGGGCAGGAUCUAUUUCAGUCUUUGCUGAAGUCAAAAGGAACUAAAAUUGGUGAAGAUGCACACCUGGAGGACCUGCGCUACCGGUGGAUGCUCUAUAAAUCUAAACUGAAAGAUGUUGGGGACCUUAAGAUAGCUGCCCAGAGACUUGGACCUCUGGAUGAGCCUAUCAGGACAGAAAAGAAACGAUCAGGUUUCCUGUACCGGGUGUGCUGUGCUGCCCUGCCUCUCCAGCUCAUACUGCUCGCUCUCUUACUCCUGGCCUUUCUGUUGCCCCUAGUGGACGAAGGAGCCAGCUGCUCUCUGGCCAACAACUUUGCCCGAUCUUUCAGUUUGAUGCUGAGAUAUGAUGGACCACCACCAACAUAAUCUUAAUCUGCACUGCUAGCGGAUAAUGGGAUUGUUUUUCUUUAUGCUGUGUGCUGACUGACUCAAAGAGGGCCAGUGCUAACAAAACACAUUAGUUGAGGACUUUAAUAGCGUACUUUUUAUAUUGUGUUCCUUUGGAGGUUUGUGGCUUGUUUUCUGAGACUUAAAUCAGGGAUUUGCCUCGUUGUUUGAGUUCUUGUGGUGAAAUUUAGUGAAAGAAGUGUGGGUGUGUAUGUGUGCGAGUGUAAAGCGGCAGUUUUGCCUUAAAUUCCUUUGUAAUGAGUACAAAGGCAAGACACCCCUCUAGCCUGUUAGUCAGCAGACUCAAUCUUAAGUAAGGUUAGAACACUUUGGACAUCACUCUAGUGGAAUUUCCAGUAGUAUGAGCUUCUGUAGUUGAGCAACCAGUUUCCUAAACCUCCCUCUAAUAAAAUAAGCCCUCACUAUUAAGAGAUGUUGAAGAGGAUGUUUUGUUCUUAGAAGAAUGCUAAAGUCCUAAAACUUGAAUUCCUAAUGCAAUUGAUGGAGCUUGGGCAUCAGGUACCACUUGAAUUGUUCAAAUAAUGGGGCAUAUUUGUAUCAACAUUAUAAAAGCAUCCAUAGGUUAUGUGGGGAGCCACUUCAGUUUUGUUGAGGUUGUUUAUUCAUAAAAUAUAUUGAGCAUAACAUGACAUAGUAUUAUAUAUUGUAUUUUUAUAUUGUAGAUGCAAAAAACGUGAACAUAUAUUUGGAUGCUGUAUAAAACCAUGAUUUGCUAUGUAUCAAUUAAGCCUUAUUUCCAAAAGAUGGGAAUAUGUACUUGAUUGAAAUGUUUGUAGUUUAUGUAGGCCUGUUUUUGUUUUUUUUUUUAAACUUUUACAUAAAGCCAAAGUUGUUGACUUGUAACUGCACUUAUAAACAUCAUUUUACUAAUUGAAUCUGUAUAAUAAUUGUAUCAAAUGGUUAAGUAAUAUGAAGUAUUCAUAAUUUAGAGCAUUUGCCAAGUUUUUAAAACUGCUGGUGUCAUUAUGUUGCGCUGCAAAUCCAAAGACUUUUUAAAAUGAAUGUAGUGAGCAAUCAACAUUGACUUUGUAUUUCAAUAACAGAGAGAUGAACUCCUUUCCCCUGCCUGACAGCACAUGGUAGCGAGAACAACUUACUAAAUUACAUUUAAUAGUGAUGUUUGUCCUCUAUCAUUGUGGACAGUUCUGAAGGAUAUAUAUACAUUUAAAAUCCUAAUAUUAGUGUACUUUUAGUACAUUAUGUUUACUCUUUGUUUUUAACUUUUUUUAUGUGAUGCUGCUUAUUUACUUGGUGUUUUUAAAAGCUGGCAAUUCACAUAUAAGAAAGU